AUGAAGCUGAUAACUGUUAUCCUGAGCGUAGGCUCCGCGAUGCUGUUCGCACUCGCGGCUGGUGAAUCUACGCAGAAUUCAAAAGUACCACAGAAGCGAGCCUUGCUUGGAGGAUAUGGCUACGGGUUGGGAGGUCUAGGGUCGCUCGCGGCUGCCGAACUAGCGGCACCGGCUAUAGCAGCUCCAGCAAUCGCUGGUGGAUUGUAUGGAGGAGGACUUUUGGCAGGAGGCCUCAUCGCUGGAGGCGCCAUCGCAGGUGGGGCUCUUGCAGCUCCAGCUGUUUCGUUAGCACCAACAAUAACCAGGAAUAUCCAUACCCAGUCCACGAUUUCUCAGCCAUUUCCGGUACCAGUGCCAACCCCAGUGGCAGUACCUGUUCCGCAGCAUGUUCCAGUUCCAAUCAAGGUUCCCGUUCCCUACACUGUGGAUAGACCGGUGCCCCAUCCUGUGGCUGUUCCAGUCUCAGUGCCAAGACCCUAUCCUGUCCACGUGCCGGUGGACAGACCAGUGGCGAUUCCAGUGCCGCAGCCCUAUCCUGUUACUAUCACCCGGGCAGUUCCGAUAUCGGUGCCUCAACCAGUGCCAGUACCCCAGCCCAUUCCUGUUCCGCAACCUAUCCCAGUGCCGCAAGCGGUUCCCGUUCCCAUUUCUGGCCCUGCUCUCGGUGUUGGUCCUGUAUACGCUGGAGCAGCAGCCCUAGGACCAAUCGUGGGAGGAGGAGGUCUCAUCGGCAGCGGUAUCAUCUCCGGCGGAGUUCUCGGCGGUGGUAUCAUUGGUGGAGGACCGAUCAUCAGCGGAGGGUCAAUCAUUAAUCCAUAUCUACAGCACGGUCACAUUGGAUACGGCCUAGGAGGUCUAGGAAUCAAGAAAGUCUAUCACUGA